UUUCGUUUUUGGCGUUUAUAACUCUCAACGCUAGGUGGCGAUGUGCUGUUACAGUUUCCAAGCCGCAUCGAGUAGAAGAAGACUUCAUCAGCUGCAGCCGCGCACAGUAUUCAUACCAUGUCAGGAAGAGCUGGUGGACUCGGUGGGUUUGCUCAGAUAACGGACUGUUUGUACAUCGGCAACAGCAAAACAGCAAGCGACUCUUCGGUCAUUCGUUCUCUCAACAUUACAUGUGUUAUUAACACGACUCAGGACAUAAGCAACACAAACAUUCCCACUGUGGGUUACAUGCACGUGCCUGUCUCUGAUGAUCCCGAAUCCAGACUCUGUGACUAUUUUGACACCGUUGCUGAUAAGAUACAGCAUGUCAGUGAUGAAGACGGACGCGUGCUGCUUCACUGUAACGCAGGCGUCAGUCGCUCGGCAACGCUGUGUCUGGCGUAUCUGAUGAAACAUCGCCGCUUGACGCUAGCGGAGGCGCACGCGCUGCUCAAAUCACUCAGACCCAUAGUGAGACCCAACAGCGGCUUCUGGAGGCAGCUGAUCGAGUACGAGCGCAAAUUACAUGGCAAAAAUACAGUCAGUAUGAUAAACUCGCCUGUCGGACACAUUCCAGAUCUGUAUGAGAGAGAAACAAGAGGCUUGAUUCCACUUUAGGAAAUGAAUUACUAACCAAGAUGUCUUUGUGUUUCCUGUCAUUUCAUUCAUAUGAUUUGGGACAUUUUUGUAGUGGAUUUAUGUAUUAUAUUUUUGUCUGAAAUGUAUUUUUUUUUAUAUAAUAAAGUUUUUGAUGACCUGCAACAAAAUGCCACAAGAUGGCAGAAGAUUUCACAUUUAAAUCCUGUGGCCUCUAAAAAGAUUUUUACACUUAAACUACAUUUCAAAAUAAAAAAAAAUGAAAGAUUGCUGAAAAUUUGCACACCCCGGCUCAGGCCAUCCAAUAUGUGGAUAAGAUUUUCACUGGAGAAAGCAUUAUUAUGAAUCACGGACUCGUAUUUUGGCCAGAAGCAACAGUUUAACGUUAAAACUUAUUAAUGAUGGAAUAGUUUCUUACAAACGCAAAGCCUUUGGCUGCACAAGACAUUACCUGAUGGAUUGGAGUCGUGGAUUAUUGUGAUGUUUUUAUCAGCUCUUUGGACUCUCAUUCUGACGGCACCCAUUCACUGCAUCACAUGCAUCCAUUGGUGAGCAAGUGAUGUACUUGACUUCAUACAUCCACUAAAUAUCAUCUUGGGAGCAGAUUAUAAAAAUUAAUGCAAAUAUAGCUUAAAAAGUGAGGUUAGUUUUGAUCAUCUGGUUCUAUAUUUUUGUUGGCCAAUACAAUGAUAUUCAGAUAUUUUAGUCUGGCUUAAGUGUUCCAAUACGUUUUGGGCCAGUGUAUUAUCAAAGAUUGUUGUGGUUUAAACAAGAAUGUUUUUAUUACUAACAAUAUCCGUCAACAAAGUUCUCUUGUAAGUCCUGAAAGGCAAAUACCUCCAAUGAAAAAAAAAAAGUGCUACGUCACUGCGUCAGUGAACAUUCAGUUUGGGGAAAAAAACAUGGGCAUCCUAAAUUAACUUCCCAUACACUGUGAAGUUGUAAAUAAAACAAACAUUAUUAGAGUAUGUUUUACAAGAAAAAAAAAAUCAGUCUUUCCAUUUAAAAAUGUCAUGUUUAAUUCAGUGUGUUACUUGCUGUUUAAUUAACUGUGAGACUUGCUGGCAAUUUGUGGGUGAAAAUCAAACAUUAGUUAAUAUUUUAUACAAUUUCUAUAUAUAUAAUUAAUAUUUUAUAUAUAUAUAUGUUAUUCCUGUAUGUAUAUAUAUAAAAGUUAUUCCUGUGAUGUAAGGCUGAAUUUUCAGCACCAUUACUCCAGUCUUCAGUGUCACAUAAUCUUUUAAAAAUCAUUCUAAUCUGCUGAUACAUGCUCUUAUGCAGUCAGCUACAUACUUUUAUCAUAAUCACAAUACACACUUUACCCAAAGGGAAGUGAAUACGGAAAGUUUUGAAGUUAGUAAGUAUAAAUUACUUUGCAAUGGAGAUCUACAUAAAUGGGAAAAAAGUUGAUUUAUAAAACAUGUUUGAUAGAACAUUUAUGAUCUGAUUAAAUUAUAUAUCUAGAAUGUUUUUGUGUUUGGAAUGUGUGUAUUACCAGCAGCAUUUUUACGGUGGCAUGUGUUGAAAACUCGCACACCCUGUAUGUGAAUAUUUGAUAUGUGGCAAUAGUGUGAUUGGCAUGAAGAUUGUUUCCGUGUUUAAGGUUUUUCUUUCUUUCUUUUUUUUUUUUAGUUUAUGUGAUCAUGUGCUCUGGGCAUUGUUAAAAUAUUCCAUGUCUGUCCUGGAAAUCAGAAAGCCCGGCCGUGAGGCUGUUAGGGGUUUUCCUUGUUCCUGAAUCUAUGAAUAUCAAGUCUACACAGUACUUUUCUACUGUCUUGUUUCCUGAGGCAAAACACACACACACACACACACACCCAAAUGAAAGUUAUUUAGUGAAAGUUAUAUAACUGUUAUCUAAUUUGGCUAGAAGAUAAUAUAUUAUGCCAUAUUCCUUAUCAAAUUUAACAUUCAAGUACAACUGACCUCACAAAAAAGAGGCCUGUGCAUUUAAUUUGUGUUUCAUAGCAAAUCUACCUUAAAUAUAGCAAUAGCUUAAGGCCAUCCAAUACAUUUCAUUUUAUUUUUCAUACUGCUUCUUCCAACUCCCAGAUAUUACAGUUACGCUUGUAAGCAACACCAGGUCAAGCUGUGUAUCGUGACACACUUAUUUCAGUGGAAAUUAAAAGGGGAAGAGAGAAAAGGGGUUUUUAUUUUGCUAUUUCAUACAAACAUAUCUGUUUUGGAUUCGAAACAUCAUGAUAAUGCCCCA